AUGCCUCCAAAGAAAUCAACGGAUGCUCCUAACAACGGAGAUUUGUCUGAAUUCCGCAAAGAUUUGCUGGCAAUGCAAGAAAGUUUUCAAGCAACAAUGCAUGCUUCUUUCAUUGAGAUGGGAGCUAUGCUAGCGGAUCGUCUAGCGCGAGUCAAUCCCCUGUUUGAGGACGCUGACACAGAGGGUGACGGUUCCGAUGACACAAACCCAUUCGCACGACAUAGAGAUAGUCGUCGGCAGGUACGACAUCAAUGGGACGAUGAUGAUCACGUACGCCAACAUGACAAACUUUGGGAAUCAUCGUUCAAAGUAGAAAUACCUGAGUUUCAUGGUGGAUCACGAGGAGAAGCUUUACUCGACUGUAUAGCAACGGUAGAUGAACUUUUGGAGUUCAAACAGGUUCCGGAGGAACGUCGUGUGCCCCUCGUAGCUAUGCGAUUUCGUGGUCAUGCUGCCUCAUGGUGGAAACAGGUCAAAACGACCAGACACCGUCUUGGUAAACCGCCGAUAGUGUCUUGGCCGCUUCUCCCGCUUACCUCCAAGGCCGGCUCUGCUCGCAAUUACGAACGGACAGUGUACAAUAAGCUUCAGAACCUGCGCCAGGGUUCCCGUACUGUUGACGAAUAUGCCGACGAGUUCUCCCUCUUGUUAACAAGAACAGAUAUUUAUGAUAGUGCAGAACAAUUGGUCUCGCGUUUCAUUGGUGGUCUUCGUCCACAACUUCAAACUGCACUUGCUCAAUUCGACCCAACAACAAUUGCUGAAGCUCAUAGGCGUGCAGCUUCCUUUGAGCAAACGCAACGUUCAUCACCUUGGACAAACCAAUCAUCUCGCUCUCGCACUUCCGAGCAGAAGACAACACCGACAACUACGAAAGAGGGUGAUGCUCAACCCCAGACAACAGGUCAGCCUGAGGAUCCGAAUCUGCGACGAUCAACACGCCCUCCAGCAUUAAAAUGCUACACGUGUGGAGAACCGGGUCACCGUCAAUCAGCUUGCCCAAAUAAAAACCGUCGGGGGCUGGUCUUAGACACUGCGAAGGAUGACUUGCAACCUAUAUACGACUCCUAUGAUGAUGAUGACGAGGACAAAGCCGAAGAUGAGGUCCUUCCUACGACAGGUGACACGGGUCACUUGCUGGUGCUUCAACGAUCUUGCGCUGUACCGCGUCGUCAGGAUACUCAGUGGUUACGCACCAAUAUAUUCAGAUCGACUUGUACCAUAAGAGAUCGUGUGUGCACUUUUAUAAUUGAUUCGGGUAGCUCCAAGAAUGUCAUCACAGAUGAUGCUGUCAACAAGUUGGGACUGAUCCGAGAACAACACCCAGAGCCUUAUACACUUGGCUGGAUCACGGAAAGCAGUUGCUUGCGCGUUACUCAACGAGUGCUGGUUCCCUUCUCAAUAGGACCGUACUACAGAGAGCGCACUUAA